GGCGUCUAUGCGUCAAUAAUAGAGGCGGAGUGGCUACAGUGACAGUCUGAUGAUGGGUGGCGUGUAGAGUAUAUCUAUGGUGCUUGAGGGCGUUACCAACACUUAGGACAAUGGCGGCAGCAUCGGCACUACCCUCCAAGCUGAAGAAGAAGGCGAUGAGGGUGAAGCAUCAGAAGGUGAAGGUGUUCAGAGCCAACGAGCCCUUCCUCUCCGUCUUCAUGUGGGGAGUUAACCACACGAGCAGUGAACUGAGCCACAUAAAUGUUCCUGUUAUGCUAAUGCCUGAUGACUUCAAAGCUCACUCCAAAGUCCGUGUAGACAACCACCUGUUCAAUAAGGAAAAUUUGCCAUCACAUUUUAAAGUAAAAGAAUACUGCCCAAUUGUCUUCAGAAAUUUACGUGAAAGAUUUGGCAUUGAUGAUGCUGAUUUCCGAGAAUCUUUAACAAGGUCGAGACUAAUUGAAGUCCAGCGAUAUGGGGUCUUUAGUAACGACAGGUCCCAGCCAGUAUCUAUAGACUCUCCAGGAAGAAGUGGAGCACGGUUUUACAGUUCAUGUGACAAGAUGUACAUAGUCAAGACCCUAACUAGCGAUGAAGUCGAACAAAUGCAUGCCUUGCUCAAAGAAUACCACCCUUAUGUUGUAAAUCGGCAUGGCAAGACCUUAUUACCACAGUACCUGGCCAUGUAUCGUCUCACAGUGGACAGCAUAGAAACCUAUUGUGUUGUUAUGAGAAAUGUUUUCUCCACCUUCCUCAAAAUUCACAAGAAAUAUGAUCUUAAAGGUUCAACAGUAGACCGUGAAGCAUCAGUGAAGGAGCUGGAGAAGGAUUUGCCUACUUUAAAAGAUAAUGAUUUUAUGAAGGAAGGAACAAAAAUACAUAUUGGUGAAGAUGCCAAACAACAGCUCAUGGAAACAUUAACAGCUGAUGUUGAGUUCUUGAUGAAGCUUCAUUUGAUGGAUUACUCCCUUCUUCUGGGUAUUCAUGACAUAGCCAAGGCUGAAAUGGAUGGUGUUAUGCAGAAUGAAUCUGAGGAUGAUGCUGUUGAGGAGGAAGAAGAAGAUGAAUGUUCUGGUGUACCUACACCUCCUGACUCUCCAAACACAGCUGCAAGAGAACGGGCGACAAGUAAUGGAGCAAUUGAUCCAGAUGUCGAAAUAUAUGCUAUUGAGAGUAAUGAAAAUGCACCUCAGCGGGAAAUAUAUUUCAUGGCUCUCAUUGAUGUGCUCACUCAUUACGGUGUUAAAAAGCAAGCAGCAAAGGCUGCAAAGACUGUCAAAUAUGGAUCUAAUGCUGAUGGCAUUUCUACAGUUGAACCAGAACAAUAUGGACGUCGAUUCUUGGAUUUUAUGAACCAAGCUAUUGUGUAAAUGGAAAGUGGAAGUUGCUAAUUGGUUUUGGUAGGGAAAAGGAUUUUCUCAUUACAUUAUGAAUAUUUCUUUUUCAUUGGUUUAAGUACUUGUAGAUUUUUCUCACCUGCUGCCUGUUGUUCUAUGAUGAAAAACUAGUGCAUAUUUGAUUGUUGAGUGUGGCAUAUUUUCCAGUAAUACUAAAUGACCUGUCUGCUAGCAUACUUUAGUUUCUUGUGUUUUGUUUUGUCUGGAAACAGACAUCACACCAAGAUCUCAGAAUAUGUGGACACUACUUAAGUGAAAACUAGAAAACAAAUGAUACAAAUUACUACUACUUUAAAGUAUCCAUGAACUACUCAAAACUAUGUAAAUUUUCCUGAAGGAGAUAAAUUUUUUUAUUUAUUUAUUUUUUUUUUUUUGAGAGGAUGAGUAACUUAAAAAAUGAAAUGCUAUAACAUUUUUACAGAGAGUCAUCUGUGUUUUGGCAUUUUCUCAUCCAAAAAGAUGUUUUGACCGAUUAUUAGAGUUUAUAUUUAGCAUGAACAGUAUUUAAAAAAGAUACUUUUUUUGUUAAUUUAGUCAAUUAUUUUUACACUUCAAAGCUCAUUGUCUUGUUUAUUGUUGUUGUUUUUGCAAUCCUGUAACUAAUCGUGUAAGUAGCACUAUGUCCAGCAUUAGUGAUUUAUGUUGAAGAAUACUCAAAUUUAGAUUUUCAUUUGCUUAGCAAUAAGGAGAUGAUUACAGUUAUGAAUGGAUGUCAUAAACUGUAGUCUUUAUGUUUGCCAUUACUCAUAUGAAAUAGUCUUUGUCUGUGAUUGAGGGUUGACCUUUCUUUGGAUUUUUUUUUUUUUUUUCCCCAAUACAUAUUUAUUUGUUUUUGAUAAGGUCUUAUUUCCUACAUCAGGGCUAUGAAUAUGAAAUCUUAUCUCAAAGCUCAAAGUAUAUAAACAGAAACUUCAUUAUAUUUUGUCACUGUAAUUUCAAGUAGUAUAAUUAUAAGGGAGGUCACUCUUAGAUGAAAAAGGACUUGCCAAUAUAAUUAAUAAAAUGCUACACUAGUCUAUACAGUUACAUUAGUAGUUAUAUGCAUUGCCUUUGAAGAGCUUUAAGAAACUAAAGCGUGUAUUGUGUGUGACUUUCCUACUUAACAUUUCAGCAGUCUCUCCAGUAACAGAAAGAAGUUACAGGAGUAACAUGAAAUAGCACUGUGUAGUUCUUUAAUGUUUUAUGCUUAAUGAAUUUUCAUCUACUUUGCAUUAAUACUUAGAUUUUUAUUUUAUGUACACUCAGUAAAGAGUGAAGAGAUUGCUGAUUCGUGUGUAAUCCUCCAGUGCAAAUGAAAUGAUUUAGCAUUGUAAUGAUGAUUGAGAAAUGUGUUGGCAUUCAAUCAAUUAUCAAGAAGUGUGUUAGUGAAUAAUGAACACUAAAUAUUGUUGCUUAUAUGCAGAACAGAGUUGCUGUAGGUGGCUAGUAAGUAAUAAUUUUCUCAUUGAAGAAAAUUAUUAUUGCUGAACAUUUGAAAGAAAAUUAAUCUUAAAGUAGAUUUGCAGACAAAAUUCAGAUAUUUAUAAGGCUAAUCAAAGGCAAGAACAUUAUAUAGAUGGCAUUUAUUGUAAAUGAAAUUUUGUAUUUAUUCUGAUGGAAAUAACACAAGCUUAAGGCAAGAUCUACAUAAUGGAGAACAACAACUUAAGGUAAAAAUGUAUGCAGAUUUGAGUCUGUGUUCUCAGUAAGUAAUCCUAUUAUAACAUUUUGUGAUAAGAAAUAUUGAAAACCCUUGUUAAU